GAAAAAAGAAACCUGGUUGUAUGACGUGUCCAUCUCGAGAAUUCAAAAUACAGCCGAAAUGAUAUUUUUCCAUUUAAAUAAAUAUUAUCGUUUGAAAGUUAAUUUGUUUUUGAAUUUUUAAUCUAGAGUGCUCAAUAAAUGCAAUGAAGCCAGAAUUUUAUAGACUGUGACUUGCAGGUGUAAACGGUUAUAAAACUUGACCGGAGCUUCUCGUUUUGUUUUGGUGCCACUACUAGUACUAGAUGAACUCAUUGUAUUGUUAUUAUAAUUAAGUUGGACGAGUAAAAGUAACACGUAGUAUUAUUAAUUGGUAUUUUAACAUAAUAAAUAUAAAAAUCCGUUUUGAUUCAGAACAUAGUCACAGGAUUUGUCGAGUUCAUUGUUGUUUGAUAACCUGUUUAAUAGGAUUAGUACAAUAGUUAACUUGUAUUUGUAAGUUACAAUAGUGAAGGAAAAAAUAAUGUUACACAGUGGCUAUUCACACCCGACGUUGAGGUGGUGGCAGUCUGCUUCAACAUCAAUUUCUCCUAAAAACCUUAUGUAUCCAGUAUUUCUGGUGGAUGAACCGGAUGCAGUUCAAGAUAUAUCAAGCAUGCCCGAAGUCUCUCGUUAUGGGGUUGAGAAAAUUGUGAAUUUUAUUGAUCCUCUUGUUAAAAAAGGGCUUACAUCAGUUUUACUCUUCGGUGUACCUUCGAAGCUUCCUAAGGAUGAUAGAGCUUCUAAUGCAGACAGUUCAGAAAAUCCUGUACUUCUGGCCAUUCCUAAGAUAAGAGCUGCUUUUCCUGAACUUUUAGUAGCUUGUGAUGUUUGUCUCUGUGCAUACACAAACCAUGGACAUUGUGGUAUUCUUCAUUCUGAUGGUACAAUAAACAAUGAAGCUAGUAUUCGACGACUUGCCGAGGUUUCUGUUGCUUACGCUAAAGCUGGAUGUCACGUUGUAGCACCUUCGGACAUGAUGGAUGGACGCGUCAGAGCUAUCAAGGAUGCCCUUGUCAGCGAAGGAUUUGGCUCCAGAGUGGCUGUCCUGAGUUAUGCUGUAAAGUUUGCUUCAAGUUUUUAUGGACCUUUUAG